AUGGUCCACCGAUCAAUUCUAUCCCAUCCAAACUUGAACAAUACAUUGUUGAACCCCCAUAUACUAAUAGAAACAUAUGAUAAUGUUUCAAAUCCAUUGACACCCACUCUAAUUCCUGUAUUUCGGGAUAGUCCACAACACCAAGGGUACAAGACAUAUUCUCCAGUUCUCUCACCAUCUAUUUCCAUUCCGGAAGCUGUGCCAGUCUUGAGCCCUGAUCCGAGUAUUUCAAGCGGGUCUAAAUAUCAAGCGGGAUUUAUCGAUGAUAUUGUAGCGCGCUCAGAAUAUGCCUACAUAAUUCCUAUUUCUGGAUCAAGAAACGUUCCUUUAUGGCAGUGUAUAAACAUCAAAGAAACAUUUCUACACGAAAAUCAGGCACUCACAACAGACAAGUAUACAUUUGAUGAUACCAUGUAUAUAUCCGAACCAAAUGCUUUGAGUAAUAAUCCACGUAUGGAGCUAUAUCAAGACACUUAUUUACCGUCAGUUCUAAAAGUCUCUCAACAAAUUGAUUCAAUCUCGACCUCAAAUCUCUCUCGAAAACAGACACGCUUUGUUAACUUUUUACCAGAAAGCUUUUCAGAAGAUCGCAACCACAGAAUAGGUCAAAAUACCAAAAGUCGUAAGAACCAAAGCCUUUUCCGCCCAUAUAGCCAAUACUCUAUGAACAAAAAGAAAAGAAAGCUCAGAGAAGAAUGUAAGCGUAUAUACGACUGUGACAAAUGCAACUAUUGGAGUGACAGACGCGGAAACUUGAAGCGUCAUUCUGCUCACCAUGACAAGAGUGUCAAGAAAGCAAAAUGUCCCACUUGUAAGAAGAAAUUUUCAAGCAAGUUCAAUGUUCAAAGACAUGUAUCUUCGAGCUUUAACACUUUUGUUGUAAUUGGCGAACAUUAUGUUGAUAAAUACGUAAAAUUUUAA